AUGUCCUCCUCGUCGCCCUCCCAGCAUUCGCAAGCCUCCACGUCGUCAGACGCUCAAGCGGCACCGCCGAUGCUCGACUGGCUGCCCGACGAUACGCCUCGCUACGUGUGCGCCGAGUGCGGUGCACAUCUUGCGCUGCAGGACGAGAUCAUCUCCAAAGCCUUCUCCGGUCGAGACGGCAAGGCGUACCUCUUCUCCUCCACGCUCAACACCUCCCUCGGCGCCUCGGAGGACCGGCAUCUGCUCACGGGCAUCCACACUGUCUGCGACCUGUCCUGCAAGGGAUGCGGCAAGACGCUCGGCUGGUUCUACCUCAAAGCGUGGGAGCACAGCCAGAAGUACAAAGAAGGCAAAAGCAUCAUGGAGAAGGUCGCGCUCGAGAAGGUGAAUGCUUGGUAG